AGUUUCGCGGCGCUUUUCGGUCCGGAAACAUCAACGAUAGUUUUCAGCGCAUGUUGCCGAUACGUUCCGAGUUUUGAAUGCCACUAGCACGUGUUUUGGUUCCGUAAUGGCUUAAUAAGGUUUUAUUUUCACAUUUUUCGCUAUUAUCUAUGAUUUGUUACGUACACUGCUCCAAAUAAAAACGAAUCUCGCUGAUGUUGAAUAUUUGAAUUCUUUUUGUAUUAUAGACGAUAAAAAAAUCGUUUUCAUAAGUAGUUUCGAGUUUUUACAAAAAAUAUCAACAUUAAUGGUUGUAAUUAAUCAAUUUAAUUGCCUCCUGAAUCACAAAAUGGCCACGUAAUAUCGUGAAGUAGCUAAAGUUAAUUUAAGUAUAUUUUCUGUACCCCUGGUAUAAUAUAAUUUUAUUUUUUAUGAUAAAUUAUUAAAGAUAACUUUCCUUAAUUCAAAAUUCAAUAUUUGUUUGUAAAUAAUGGCUAGAACGACACUGUAUUAUCAAAAAAACAAUUCGUUGUAAAUUUUCCCAAAAGUAAAUGUUCUUGAAAAUAUUUAAGGUAAAUGGCAACAAUGAUAAAAUUAUCAAAAUCUAAGUAAUUUGAGAUCAUAAUGAAAACACGUCUGUUUAGCGUUUUCUAAAUCGUGAAAUCCACUUAUCGAGGUUCCGGAUGUCGAAAAUCAGUACUUCCGGUUUUAUAAAUUAACUUUCCGUUCGUUUUUUUUUUUUUUAAAAUUGGUGUAUUAAAACCCAGAUUACUAUUUUUUGAUAUCUUUUAUAUCGAUAAAAACACCUUAUAAAAACCAAAUUAUAUACUAGGUCCGGUCCUGGCACUAUAAAAUUAUAUUCCCUAUAAAACUUUCCUCAUAACAGCUCAAAUACGUUUUUUCUUGCACUAUUUACAAAAAUAAUAAAUUUUUUACCGUACCAACAAUUGUGAUCUACCCUCGUAUAUAAUUAUUUAUUUUGAGAAACCAAUGAAUACAUAGUUUGAAAUUUUAAAUAGAAAUUGGAAAAAAAUUGCAACGUGGCAACGUUGUAAUUAUCGUUACAGUCUAAUUUUAACCUGUCAAUUUAAAAUAAUCCUGAUCGACUGUUUAUUUCAUUCGUUUUUAUCCAAUUGGCAGUUGUAAGAAAAAAAAAAUUAUGAAACGUAAAUUGUUAAAUUUUCCAUUACCGAUUUUAUCGACAAGGAUUUGAUAUUAAGAACUCGUCGACUGAAAAUGUCUUUCAUACACUUUUGCGCCUUCUUUCACUUGAAAAAUAGAACUUUUGAUAGGAAGUUGACAGCGACUGAACAGCUACGAAAAUGUCGCCUUUUACCGAACGUCACUUCAAUAAAAACAUCUUUUAGGAUCGCAGCGGAAAUCAAUACAACAGAGAAAUUGCUGUAGUUAUAAAAUAUUGCAAACGCUACGUUUUAUUUUUGUUCUGUGAAAUUACCGAAGGAAAUAAAGUAAAUUGGCUUUGUCUCGUCAAAGAAUAUAACUGAUUGAAUUGAAUAUAACGUAACAAAUAAAAUGAAUUACGAAUCCCAGAUCAACCACCUCCAACGAACCUACUACUUUCUGUUAAAUUUGAAAUGUCAUUCAUUACGCCAUCUCCACUUUCAACUGAAAAUCUGGCACAUUACAGAAAACUGUAAAAUGAUACUUAAUUUGUGGACCAUGUUAAAAUAGAGAUGGGAAUUUGUACGUACACUUCUGUCAGUUAAGAAAUAACAGUUAUUCAAAUUACCUUUUGAUUAUUUUCAUAUGACUUUUCUGCUUUAGAGAUUAUAUAAUUUUAGUUUGGUAACCCUGAUUUUUAUGAAAUAUUUUUGAUUUUAAACUUCAUAUUGUUAAACACUGGUUGUUUUCAGUUGACUUCUUAGUUCUGUGAGGGCUUAGAUUUUUAUUUUGGUAACUCUUAUAUGCAUUAAAUAUCACUUUAUAUUGUUAAACAUAAUCUAAAGUCAAAAUUUUGUCAUUUUAGUACGAUUAUAAUAAAAUAUAUAGAUGAUAAUCUUUUAGUCGUACAAAAAACUGUACAUGAAAUAUAUCAGUCACGUAAAAACUUGAAUUAAUUCAACCCUAACCAUCUCCCAGGAAAAAUGUCUAUAAAAGAAUUUCUAAUAUAAUUUCAGAAACUGUUAUUUUCAUUGGAAGGAAAUAGAAGUUCCCAUCUCUAUACUAGUACUUUAAAGUGACAAUCACAGAUUUUUAAAAUGUUUGUAAAAAGUGUUGCCUAAACAAGACCAAAGAUAUAAUUACAUUAUUUAUGUAAUCAAUGAAAGGUGUGUUGGUAGUACUGGUAAACAGAUACGGAUGAAGUAAAUGUGAAAUGGGUGUUGCCUAAACAAGAUCAGAGAUUGUUUAUAUGAACAGUAAUCUUGGCUGGAAAACACAGUACUACGAGAUCAAUGAAUUAAGAAGAAUUAGGAAAUAUUUAUAAUAAUGACAGUUCUACUGAAAUUUUUAUAGUUUUUUUCGAUUUUAUACGCAAUUAUUCAUGUUUUACCUUAAGAUUAAUUAUAAUUUGGUUGCUGCGGUAAUAACUAUUGAUACGAGUGGUGUUUAUAAAGUUGUUAGAGAAUGUAAACAUGUAAAAUACUGGAAUGAAAUGAAAUUUUGUAAUAUAAAAAACUGUUUAUUGUGAAAAUAUGUGUUGCUUUUAUAAAGUACUACAAGUAAACGAGAAGAAAGGAAAGUAUAUCAACCUCAAUAUUGAAAAUUUUCAUUUUUUUGUAAAUAUUCGAGAACAAAUUUCAGAAAAUUAGUUUUGAUUCCUGAUAUAUCUAUAUCACACAAUUUGUCUUUGUUUUGCACAAUUGUUGGGGUCAAUUCUGUUUAUUUCUACAGAAAAUAAAACAAAAUAGUACCUUCGGAUAGCGAUAUUAAAACUAUAUCGGCAUACGGAGUAUUAAACAAGAAGCUUCAGUCGAUAUAAAAUUUUAUUAAGCUAUUUUCAGUCCAUUAAAAGUGUUUACAAUUGAUGAAAUAGCAGAUUAAACGUUAGAUCCAGGUUAUUAAAAGGAUUUUGAGGACAAUCAAGGAUGAUACGAUCAAAAUUGGGGGGGAAACGGGUUUACCUAACAAUCUUUGCGAUUGUUUCUUUAUUUAUAGAAGGAUUUUGGGCCCUGAAGGAGAUGCGGAUCGGCGUACCGGAAGCGGCGCUGUCCGGUGACACGGUAACGUUGUCCUGCGAAUACAAUCUCGAGGAAGUCGCUUUGUAUUCGAUCAAAUGGUAUUGGAACGACGAGGAGUUUUAUAGAUACGUUCCUAAGGAAUCGCCGCCCUUCAGGGCUUUUUCAGUUACAUUCGCCGAUUUUAAUGUUGACAUCAUACGAUCGGGAUCGACAGAAGUGACAUUACGAAAUAUAAGUAGAGAAAUGACAGGAGACUACAAAUGCGAAGUGUCGGCUGAUGCGCCUCUCUUCCACACUGAUAUACAAGCUGCGCAUAUGAUUGUUUUAGAUCCGCCCAGAAGUAAUCCUAAAAUUAUAAUCGAAGAACCCCCCGAAUCCACCAUGAAAAUCGAAAUCGGAAAAAUCAUCAAAGCCGGGUGCUUCGCCCCUUGGGGACCUGGCAAUAACCUUUCGCCAAACGUCACGUGGUUCCUCAACGACGAACCGGUUAAAUCUGAUGAUCUUAGUGCCCGUAUUUAUCCGGCAGAAGUGAUUGUCAAUAAAACGAUCCAAGAAAAAAUCACUAAAUCGACGUUGGAAAUUGUAACGAAAAAAUUGCACUUUUCCAGAGGUAUCUUGAAAGUUAGAUGCCAGGAAUCGAUUUAUUCGGUUUGGAAGAAAAGCGUCGAAAGGUAUUUCAAAGAAGAAAGUCCACAACUGGCACCUGUGCUGGGUUCGACGUCUUCACAAAGUCAUACAAAUCAAGUUGUAGAAAUUAUAACAAACAGUUCCGGUAAAAACACCAGCUCGACACGUGUUCUUCUAUUUUUUUGUUUUAUUUUAUUCAAAUCGAUAUUUUCGAGGUAAUAUCCAGAGAAAUAACAAAGAAAAUGUAGUUUUCUGAAAGUGUGCCUCACGUUUCAAAUAAUUUAGAUAUAAAACGUUAUUUUUCCCAAUUUUCCUCGUUUAAAACAAAUAAAAAUCGUUCGUUAUCGAUCCCAUCAUGAAAAUUAAGUGAAUCGCAUUCUAUGAAUUUUCUAACACCCUGUAUAUUAAUAUUUCCAUUUUAUAUUAUAGUUACUCCAUCUAGCGGUUAUUGUUCCUCCUAUCUCGCAUAAAUUCGAUUUUUAAACAGAUUUCGUUACAAUUUCUUUUUUCGAAAUUUUUUCUCCUGGAAGUAGGCAAUAUCUACACAUUUCCAACGAUUUUUAAUGCAAUUUGAUUAUUGAAAUUUGUGUAAAUAUGAGUUUUAGAACCAUUCCCGCCUUUUUCGUCGUCUUUUUUUUAUACUGUUGGAACUUCAAGGUCAUAAUCGAGAUUUACCAGGGAACGUCGAUAAUUUUACUCUUAAAUGCUUGACAUUUUAUAAUAAAUAAUUGAUUCCAAACGAUAUUUAGUUUUGUAGAUAUGUCAAAUGUGAUAAAAAAAAUUAGUUUUAAGAUUUUUUCGUGAAAAUAGCGUCCAUCUUGUACAUUCCUUAAAUUGAAUUUUCGUUAGUUUAAUUCAAAAAUAUCAUUGAAUUGCAAUGGAGAUAAAAAUUCGUUUCAAAUAUUCACAAAAAAAAAAUUGGAAUAAAAUUGCGCCAAAAACCGAAACUUAACCUCUAAAAUCAAUUUGAAUUAAACUAAAAUUAUGUUGCUCAUUGUAUCAAUUACGUUUGUAUUUUAAAUAUAUAUAUAUAUAUCCAUUAGUAGAUUGGUUUAUAAUAAAAAAAAUGAAAGAAUAA